AUGAAGGGUAAGCUGAUACUAUGCGAACGCGAGGACGAGUUCCCGAACGCAAUGGGAAUUACUGGGAGGGCCUAUGUUGGCCUACGCUAUCGCGUAAGGGGCACGCGAACGCGAAGAAGGGGACUCAGUGGGCAUCGCGAACGCAUAAGGAAGAACGCGAACGCUAAUAUUCCUUCUCCUCAUACCCCGAAUCCUACUUCUCCACCUUCCAUACAAGCUCCACAACAGCAGAGAACUACUUCUCCUCCUUCAAUCUUGGCACCUCAAGUUUUGCCCUCACAGCCACUUAUCACAUAUCAUAGACGAGAAAGACCAUCCACUCCUAUCCAAAAUCCUGGUCCGUCCCACUCUACGUCUGCUUCGGCACUACAUCAACCGCAAAUGGCUUCUUCUCCACCUCGACCAGAAUCCUCUCAGCCUAUUCAGUAG